AUGGAUUCAAGGAAUCCAUUGAAUCCAUAUGGUCAGUCCCCUAGUUUAGUCGGCCUCCUUAACAGUCAGAACUUUCCUUUUGAAAGUUAUCAAGCGGGUGUCCACUUUGGAGAAUCACAACAGUCAUCAGAGAUCCCUCCUUUUAGUUCACAAGAAACCGAGACACCAGUGGGCUCUAAUAAGGAGAGAAAGAAGUGGACACCAGCUGCUGACGAGGUUAUAAUCAGCGCUUGGAUAAACACGUCUAAGGAUCCGGUUGUAGGAAAUUCACAGAAGCUAGGGACUUUCUGGUCCCGAGUUGGUGAAUAUUAUGCUGCAUCUCCACAUGCAGUACAGAGUGGUGACCCAAGAGAGCAUCUCAAUAUAAAGCAGAGGUGGCACAAGAUUAACGAUUUCACUAACAAGUUCUGUGCUGCAUAUGCAGCAGCAGAGAGACAGAUCACCUCUGGUCAAAGUGAGAACGAUGUUCUCAAGGUGGCGCACGACAUCUACUUCGCUGAUCACAAGAAGAAAUUUACUCUAGAGCAUGCGUGGUGUCUCAAACUCUAUCAAAUCAACAAUUGA